AUGGCGUGCGUGACAGUUCCGGCGGCCACGGCGGAGAUGGAGCGCGCCUUUGCUCUACCACCGGGGUAUCGGUUCCACCCCACGGACCAUGAGCUGGUGAAUUGGUUCCUCAAGCGCAAGCUCCUCGGCCUCCCCAUCGACCUCGACUUCAUCCCGGUGGUGGACGUCUACAGGUUCGAGCCGGACCAACUACCAGACAAAUCAUUCUCACCGAGCACAGGCGACCCAGGGGCUAAAGUUGAGUGGUACUUUUUUGCGCCGAGGGUUCGAAAGUACCCAACCGGCCUUCGCAUGGAGCGGGCGACGCUAAAAGGGUUUUGGAAGUCUACGGGGAAGGACCGUCCAGUCAUCCACAACGGCAUCGUAGUCGGCAUGAAGAAGACGCUUGUGUUUCAUAUCGGCAAAGCACCUAGGGGCACACGGACCAACUGGGUCAUGCACGAGUACCGCCUCCAUCCCGAUCACCGUAUCCAUGACACCUACGUGCUAUGUCGGAUCUUCAACAAGAACACCAUGACCCAAUCACCAGACCUGCUCAGUGGCGUCGACAUGGAUGAGGAAGGGAUGCAUUUGGUGGCGAACAACGCCGACAUGGACAACGAAGGGUUCCAGCCGAUGUCCGGCGGUGCCAAUGCCAGCAAGGAAGCAAUCCACCCCGUGUUCCACAACGCCAACACGGACAAGGAAGGGAUCAAUCCUGUGUCAGGUAACAUCGUCGGGGACAUGGAAGGGAUCUAUCCCAUGCCAGGCGACAUCUUUGCGGACAUGGCAGGGGUACAUCCCAUGUUCGGCGGCGCCGUCCCACACAACGAAGAGACCGAUCCAAUGUCAGAUAGCGUCGUCAGGGACAUGGAAGGGAUCCAUCCUGUGUCAGAUAGCUUCAUCCCGGACAUGGAAGGGAUACAUCCCGUGUUCGGCGGCGCCGUCCCACACAACGAAGAGACCGAUCCCAUGUCAGCAGGUGUUUACACGGAUGUGGAUUUUUCCUGGAUGCAGCUUGUGCCUGACGACAUUUGCUGCCCCAACAUUGAACUAGAUAAGGAUGACUCCUGUACGGAGCUCAUCAACGACUACAUGUGGUAA